CCAGCCUGUCCCGCCGUCAUCCCCUCCCACCCUCGCGCCUCCAGUGUCUGCUUCCCUCUCUCUCCUUCUCUCGCGCUGUCUCUCUACGGGAUGGCUCAAAUCAAAUGCGGAAGUUUACACCCAGGAAAGCUGGUGCCGCCACAACCAAGAUGAGUGUUGACAUGACAGUUGAGCUGUAGAGAGGAGAAGAAGCGGUGCGUCGGUGACAGCGAGGCGGCGACACCGCAGGAAAACACCAAAGCCAGCGCCGCUGAACUGGACUUCAGACCCGCUUAUGGCUUCUCUGGGCAGCGCAGAGCGACGGGCGUUCGCUCUAAAAAUCAACAGGCACUCUUCUGCAGAGAUCAGACGCAACUUCAGUGGGAACUAUGGCUUUAAUCACAGCCGAACCAACUCCAACGCCUCGGCCUCAGUGUACCUCACUGUGCCUCAGUCGUAUGAAGCAGUGGAGCCGUUGGACCUGGAGGAAUUCCUGAUGUCGCAGUUAAGAAGUGGAGACUCAGCCCUGAUGCAGGAACUUGGAGACUUCCCCGACGAUGACCUGAAGGUGGAGCAGGUGGAGAAGGAGUGUCGCACUGUUCGACACUCUGUCCCUGAAGACGGAUUGGAGUUGGAUCCACAUGUGAGAGACUGUGUAGAGAGUUACACCCAGCCGUGGCUUGUGGUCUCUAGAAGGUGCCAGGGGGAUGGAUGCAGUGCGUAUUCGGAGCGAACAGGCCUACACAAACUCCUUCGGAAACAGACCUUUGAGUACGACGUCCAGCCAGAGAACCCACAGAAGCCAGUCAAGUCUCCAACUCUAGUGGGGCUGACUGAUGACUCUGGCCGCACACUGACCUCCUCCGACUUUAACUUGCGGUUUUUGACCCCGGACCAGAGAGUGGAGGGGCUGCUGGCCUACAGCAGCCACGAGGAGCUGGACCGCAUCAACCAGGAGGCUCGGCAGGGGAACAGACACCCCGAGCUGUUUGCUCUGUACCCACCAGCCGACGAGGAAGAUGCGGUGGAGAUCCGGCCCAUCCCUGACUGCCCCAAGGAACACACUGGAGACCGCAUCCUGAUCCGAUGCCAGGCCAUCAAGUUUGAGAUUGAAAUUGAGCCCAUAUUUGCCACUAUGGCCUUGUAUGACCUGAAAGAGAAGAAAAAGAUAUCAGAGAACUUCUACUGUGAUCUGAACUCAGAACAGUUCAAAAACUUCUUGAAACCUCACACUCCACAUGUGGAUCAGUCCACCCUGGCCAGAUCUGCCAUCUUCUCCAUCACCUACCCUACCCCAGAUAUCUACCUGGUCAUCAAGAUUGAAAAGGUUCUCCAGCAGGGAGAGAUCAGUGACUGUUCUGACCCCUACAUGACACUGAAGGAAUGUGACUCUGCAAAGAACAAGGACAAGCUUGAGAAGCUGCGAGGUCAGGCGGAGAUGUUCUGCCAGAGGCUAGGUCGCUAUCGCAUGCCCUUUGCCUGGGCAACCGUUAAUAUCAUGGAGGUCGUCUCCACUGCUGCGAUAGACCGCGAUGUCACUGACUCUGACAGCUUAAAAGGAGGUAAAUCCAGCAGCAUUGACCGGAGAGCACAGUUUCCCAGGAGGAAUUCUGAACGUUACAAUACCAUUGAUGAUCAAUUUUGUAACAUUUCUGCCUUCAAACCUGCUACCAUCACUAUCAGCACCAUCUUCAAACAGGAGGGAGAUCGUUUGAGUGAUGAGGACUUGUUCAAGUUCUUGGCUGAGAUCAAGAAAACCUCCACUCCACAGAGGAGAAUCAAGACAAUACCAGGUACCAUAAAACUGGACAUGUCUCCAGUCCACGACACACCAUUGGCAUGUUUGUCCACUGAGCUCAUCCCUCUGAUACCUGUGGCUGAAAAGAACAUUCGGCCAAUCAAAGAGGUGCUGGAGUUCCCAUCCAGUGAGGUUUAUGUCCCUCACAACAUCUACAGGAACCUGCUCUAUGUCUACCCCCAGAGGCUAAACUUUGUCAACAGGCUUACAUCAGCAAGAAACAUCACCAUCAAAAUCCAGUUUAUGAGUGGAGAGGACCCAACCUGCUCUCUGCCUGUCAUUUUUGGGAAAUCAAAUGGUGCUGAAUUUUUACAGGAAGUCUACGUCCCUGUUACCUACCAUAACAAGUCCCCAGACUUCUAUGAGGAAGUGAAGCUGGCUCUUCCAGCCCGUCUGACGGAGAGACAUCACUUACUGUUCACUUUCUUCCACAUCAGCUGCCAGCAGAAACAGAACCAGAGCGGCAGCUGUGAGACGCUCAUUGGAUACACUUGGCUGCCCAUGUUGAAUAAUGACCGACUGCAGACUGGUCAGUUCUGUCUGCCCAUUGCCUUGGAGCGACUACCUGUCAACUAUUCACUGCACACGCCUGAGAAACUUCCUCCUCAGGCCCCACCGGUCAAGUGGAUGGAGAGUCACAAAGGACUUUUCAACCUUGAGACCCAGGCCGUGUCAUCUGUACACACACAGGACAGCCACCUGGAGCGUUUCUUCACCCUCUGUCAUGCCCUGGAGGGUGGAGCUACAUUCCCACUGCGGGUCAGGGAGGAGAAGAUUCCAGAGAACAAGCUGGAGCAUGAGCUGAAGCUCAGCAUCAUCUCCCUGUCCUCGUCCAGUUUAGAGCCUCUGGUCCUCUUCCUCCAUCUGGUGCUGGAUAAACUCUUCACCCUCAUCAUGCAGCCCAUGGUCAUCGCUGGCCAGACCGCCAAUCUAGCCCAGAUAGCAUUCGAAUCAGUGGUGUCUAUUGUCAACAGUCUUCAUAACAGUCAGGAGCUGAUCAGGGACCAGCAGGGUAGGAACAGCCUCUUGGCGACCUACCUUUACUGGGUGUUUCGUCUGCCUGAUCCCCCUCAAGACAUGCAGAAUGCAGGUGCAGGGAGUAUGAUACCUUCGGCAGAGAGCCGUUACAGCACCAUGGGUCGGGCUACAGCAGCCGCAGUUGGCAGUAUGCUUCUCCAGUCCAGAAUCCGCAGUAGCAGCAAUCCUGACAUCCCCGCUCCACACACCUCUGCUGAAGAUGCUGAGGUCAAAAACAUCCUCUCGGCCAAGGGCCAUAACAACCCAGGCAGCCGCAUGUCCACCUAUGUCGACUUAAGCAACCACCAGAACCCCACAGGAAGCACUAGGCCCUCCAACAGAAAGCAGUUUCAUGAGGAGUUGGCCCUGCAGAUGGUCGUCAGCACCGGGGUCUGCAGAGAGAACGCAUACAAAUAUGCCUGGUUCUUCUUUGAGCUUCUGGUAAAAAGCAUGGCUCAGCAUGUGUCUCACCUCGACAACCACAGUGUCCCUCGAAGAAGUCGCUUCUCUGACCGAUUUAAAGAUGACAUCACCACCAUUGUCUCUGUGGUUACAGCUGAGAUUGGGACCAUCCUUGUCAAACAACAUAAGGAGGUAGAACAAGCGGAGAAAGUCAACAUCAGCCUGGCCUUCUUCCUCUACGACCUGCUGUCUCUCAUGGACCGAGGAUUUGUCUUUCAGCUGGUGAAAAACUACUGCAACCAGAUGUCAGCUAAGAGUGUCUCAAUGCCAACAUUGAUCAGCAUGCGUCUGGAGUUCCUGCGAAUCCUGUGCAGUCACGAGCACUACCUCAACCUGAGCCUAUUCUUCAGCAGCCCUGCCUCCGCUCCUGCCUCACCAUGUCCAUCUAUCUCUUCACAGAGUUCUGGCUCAUGUAGUUUCCAGGAGCAGCAGAGGAUCUUGGGGCUGUUUGAGCUUUCUCCGGAAUUCAAGCAGCAGCACUACCUUACCGGUCUGCUGCUGACAGAGCUCAGUGCUGCCCUAGACAUGGAGUCAGAGGGGGGAAAGGUCCAGAGAAAGGCCAUCAAUGCUAUCUACAGCCUGCUGUGUUCCCAUGAUCUUGACCAACGCUGUAUUAAACCUGAGGUCAGAGCCAAGGUGGCUUCUCUCUACCUCUCCCUUGUGGGGAUUAUCAUUGACUCCACCAACUAUCUGGACUUCACUGUUUCUGACACACGCGGCGGGAAAAACAAGACGGGCGGACUUGUGGAUGACCUUGAAAAUGUCCCACCCAUCAAUCAGUCUGUUGCCAUGGCGAUUGCCGGGAACCCCUUCAACACGCUUGGACGGAAUGUUCUCGUUUCCAUGGCAUCCAUGCAAGGUAAAUCUGUAGCCACCCUGGCAGCAGACACCAGUCGCCAUCUAUUGGUGUGUUUCCUGUGGGUGAUGAAGAACGCUGAUAGGAAUCUGAUUCAGCGCUGGACUGUAGAUAUGCCUCCCUCGCAGCUCAACAAGCUGCUGGAGCUCCUCACUAUCUGUGUGUCCUGCUUUGAGUAUAGGGGUAAGCAGAGCACUGACAAGGUGAGCACCCAGGCCUUACAGAAAUCUCAUCAGGCCAAGAUGCAGCUGGAAGAAGCCCUGCUGAGAGGAACGGGAGCCCGCGGGGAAAUGAUGAAACGAGUUGGAGGAAUGGAUAGGACCAUGGGUCAGAGAGAGAACCUGCGAUGGAGGAAAGACCUCACUCAGUGGAGACAAACCAACGACAAACAGGAUAAGACUAAAGCAGAGUUGGACCAGGAGGCUCUGAUAAGUGGAAACUUAGCCACAGAGGCUAACCUUAUAGUACUGGACCUGCUGGAAACCAUUGUACAGGCAGUACCAUUGGCUGAGUGUAAGGACAGCGUGGUUGGCGGAGUGUUGAAGGUGUUACUCCACUCUCUCACCUGCAACCAGAGUACCACUUUCCUCUCUCACACCUUCAGCACACUCAGAGCACUUGUUGUCAAGUUUGGGGACCUGUUGUUUGAGGAGGAGGCAGAGCAGUGUGCGGACCUGUGCCAGAAGGUGCUUCAGUACUGCAGCAGCCCUGUCGAUGAGAACAGGAGCCAGGCCUGUGCCACUCUCUACCUCAUCAUGAGAUACAGCUACAGCAAUGCCAGUAACUUCUCAAGAGUGAAGAUGCAGGUCACCAUGUCUCUGGCCUCGCUGGUGGGCAAGUCAUCAGACUUCCAGGAGGAAUACUUACGACGCUCACUCCGCACCAUCCUGGCCUACGCAGAGGAGGACACUGAGAUGCAGAACACUCAGCUGCCCUCACAGGUGGAUGAGCUUCUAAGAAACCUUAAUAGUAUUUUGUCAGACACAGUGAAGAUGAGGGAGUUCCAGGAAGAUCCCGAGAUGCUCAUGGACCUCAUGUACAGGAUAGCGAAGGGCUACCAGACGUCUCCUGACCUCCGUCUGACCUGGCUGCAGAACAUGGCAGAGAAGCACAACAACAGGAAGUGUUACACUGAGUCGGCUAUGUGUCUGGUCCACGCUGCUGCCUUGGUGGCCGAGUAUCUCAGCAUGCUGGAGGAUCACAAGUACCUGCCCGUUGGCAGCGUCACCUUCCAGAAUAUCUCCCCCAACGUGCUGGAGGAGUCGGCGGUGUCGGAUGACAUCCUGUCCCCAGACGAGGACGGGGUGUGUUCGGGACGCUACUUCACUGAGAGCGGCCUGGUGGGAUUGCUUGAGCAGGCUGCUGAGCUCUUCAGCAAUGGUGGUCUCUACGAGGCAGUGAAUGAGGUCUACAAGAUCAUCAUACCGAUCCUGGAGGCUCACAGAGAUUUCAGAAAACUGGCAUCCACUCAUGACAAACUACAUAGAGCCUUUGAUAACAUCAUUCAGAAGGGCCAUAAGAGGAUGUUUGGAACCUAUUUCCGGGUGGGUUUUUAUGGGGCCAAGUUUGGUGACCUGGACGAACGGGAAUUCAUUUACAAGGAGCCAGGGAUCACACAUCUGCCUGAGAUAUCACACAGGCUGGAGAACUUCUACAGUCAGUGUUUUGGAGAGGAAACAUUGGUGAUGAUCAAGGACUCUACACCAGUGGACAGAAAACAACUCAACCCCAGCAAAGCAUAUAUCCAGAUCACUUAUGUGGAGCCCCUCUUUGAUGACUAUGAGAUGAAAGACCGGCUUACAAACUUUGAGAAGAACUUCAACCUGCGGCGCUUCAUGUACACCACGCCCUUCACCAAGAGCGGGCGGCCACGGGGUGAACUCAACGAGCAGUACAAGAGGAAGACCAUCCUCACCACCAUGCAUGCCUUCCCCUACGUCAAGACUCGCAUCAACGUCAUCCAGAAAGAGGAGUUUGACCUGACUCCUAUUGAGGUGGCCAUAGAGGACAUGCAGAAGAAGACUAGAGAGCUAGCAGUUGCCACACAUAGAGAACAGCCUGAUGCUAAGAUGUUACAGAUGCUGCUACAAGGCUCUGUGGGAGCAACUGUUAACCAGGGCCCUUUGGAGGUGGCCCAGGUCUUUCUGAAUGAGAUCCCAGCGGACCCGAAGCUCUUCCGUCACCACAAUAAGCUGCGCCUGUGUUUCAAAGAGUUUAUAAUGAGGUGUGGUGAGGCAGUUGAGAAGAAUAAGCACCUGAUCACGUUGGACCAGAAAGAGUACCAGCAGGAGCUGAAGAAGAACUACAAUCGCCUGAGAGAGAGCCUGAGGCCCAUGCUAGAGAGGAAGAUUCCCGAGCUCUACAAACCCAUCAUCAGGCCUCGGCUGGGGAACAGGGAUUCCUUCAAACGUCUAAGUUUUCGCAGAGCUCAGGAGGAAAACUCCUGAGAAUGCCAUGGCUCGUCAGAGAGAGAGAGAGCGCUGCGGAGAAAGAGUGGAGGCUGUCACACAACCGAGAGAGGAAAAGAGAAGAUAAGAUGAAAGAGAAGAAAAACGAGGAAAGGAACUGCUGCUGAUACCCUUGUACUCCUCUGUGCUGGAGCAGUACAUUGAGUCCACAAUGGAGGACUCACAGUUUCUCAACAGUCCAGCAGUGUUUAUUAAUGUCUGCUGUAUGUCCACUUUUAUGAUUUCAUGGUUGUUUGUUACAGGAGGCAAAAGGAGAGUGAGCACAUAAAAAUCUCAAGCAAAGUGUAGCUUAUUGAGCAUUUCACUGUAAAAUCUUCAGAUGCUUUGGCUCUGUUGGUUUCCUUUUUUAGAUAACUGCAAGUCCUAAUAAUGCUGCAAACAUUUCCUCUGAGUUGGUAAAGAAGCAGACUAGAGUUCCUCUCUGAGGUCCUUGCUGGCUCAGAGCCCAUAUGUGUGUCAAUAAUGCUCGUGUCCUGUGUGUAUGUGCAUGUAAAUGUGUGAGUGGAUGUGUGUUUAUUUAGAUAAUGUCUGGAGUAGAAGAUUUUGGUGCCGUACUGAAGUCACUUUGUACUCAGUGAUGAUAAAUGAUUCUGUUAUGUGCUAAAGGGCCUUUGAAAUUCCACUCUGGGUGUCUAUGCGUGACAUGUGGUGUUAGAGCAGCAGGAGUAUGGAUGGAUUUUUGCACUGGAAAAAUAGACACAAUUUCCUGUGUUAACUCUUAAGGCCAUUCUUGUCUUAUUAUUGUUGGGCAUACAGUACCUGGCCACAUAGCUAAUAGAAGAGUUUAACUUAUUAAGAGUUAUCUGUUGUAAUUUCACAGGAGGCAGAUAGACUUAUCUGAGGCUCUAAAUUACACACGGCUUAGCUCUAAAUCCACAUUUUGUAUAUAGUAGAGUUAUUACAUCAAAUAGUUACAAAGAUGUUUACAAAAGUAUGAAAAACUAUUUUGCAUUUUAUUUUAUGGAAAUGUAUUUUUAGAUGAAUAAUAGCAAUAAUGAUAUUAAUUGGAAAUAUUAUUCAGUAGGCAGGAUUCAGUGACUGAGUGUACUGUAACAACCUGAGUGUAUGUUCCAGUCAUUUCAGUACCUGUUUGUAAAUAGACCACUUCCUACGAUACACACAGUGCCAAAUUCAAUUCAUUCCCUAUUUACUUAGGAACUGAGAUACUUAACUAGAAAUGCAAUAUUUCAUUCCACACAGCUGUGCUUUGCAGUGUGAAUUAUGUUUACUCCAUAUUUCAGAAUACAUUCCAGAGGAGAAAUAUACUACUGCUUUGCAGUAUUAAAUAGUGACAACCUGAAUUUAUUUGACAUCCAUGAAACAGCUCAUUUCAUUGGUGUUAUGUUGCAGCUCAUACUGUAUUUCAGUAAUGUAAAUGUGCUCUGCGUUUCCAAUGUGGGUAUACAUUUUUAUAUACAUUAUUAAUACUCAUUUGAAUAUUUUUCAUUCUCUUUCCAGGUACAUCUCUUAUUUAUGAACGUAUGAACGGUUGAACGUUUUUAAAAUGGCUAAAUAAGAUGAAAAGGUUAUACACCGUGUGUAUUAAUUGUGAGAAUUAAAAUGUAUACCUAUUUUUGAAACAUGCAAUAUAUUGCUGAAAGUUGGUGUUAUAAGAUAUUGGUGGUAUUCAACCACUGGAGACUGCAUUUAUAUUUCUUUAUUGGCUAUUUUUAUGUUCAUACCUGUUGUGUUUUAGUAAAUGUGGAAUUUUAACUUGUCAUGCAUACAAUGCUGUUGAACCACCUGAAUAAAACUUAAUAUAUGCACAUUUGUCA